AUUAGCAAAAACUGUUAUUGUUUUGAAACGUGCGUUCCGUUUGAUAUCGUUGUCAUUGCCGACGACAUGAGUUUCGCCGGACCCAAGACCUACAUAGAAGAAGGAGAUACGGUCAUCCUGUAUCUCACGGUAACAAACAUUUACGCCAUCGAGGCAGUUCCACAGAUCAAGAACAAGAAAGGAGAACUCGUGGAGUACGUUUUUCAGACGAACUUUGGUGCUUUGAAAGUGAAGGACAUCAUCGGUGUCCAAUAUGGAUCGAAGGUGGAACUAUCGAAAGGUUGGGCAUACGUUCUUCAGCCCAAUCCGGAACUGUGGACACAAACCCUGCCGCACCGAACGCAAAUUCUCUACACACCGGACAUCAGCAUGAUUCUGUAUCAGCUGGAAAUUAAACCCGGAAGUGUGGUGAUUGAAUCGGGGACAGGGUCCGGUUCGUUGUCCCACUAUUUUUUACGGGCCAUUCGCCCCAGUGGAUUCCUGCAUACGUAUGACUUCCACGAGGAACGGGUACAAAAGGCGCAGGAUGAGUUCAAUAGCCACGGGUUGGGUGAUUUUGUUAAGGUAACGCACAGAGAUGUUUGCGAGUUAGGCUUCGGCGAAGAAGUUAAUGGAAAAGCUGAUGCCGUAUUUUUGGAUCUUCCGGCUCCGCAGCUGGCCAUUCCACAUGCGGUAAAAGCCAUGAAAGAAUCGGGUGGCCGGCUAUGCUCAUUUUCACCUUGCAUCGAACAAUCCCUGCGGGUUUGCGAGACCCUGGGUCAAAACGGGUUCGUGGAUAUCGUAAAUCUUGAAGUGCUCCAAGUGGAAGACAUCGUACGAACAAAGAACGUUCCAGUGAUGGAUUUGGAGUUCUUGAAGCACAAGAAAUCCGAUGCAGAUACAAAGGAUUCUAAAACACCGAAGGAAACGAAGAAAUAUAUCACUUCCAGCGCACCGAACUCAAUGGCUGGCCACACCGGAUAUUUGACGGUGGCCGAACUACCGCCAUCAUUUGCUAGGUAAUUGUGAUUUCUGGUAUUACAGUUUAUAUAAUAA